CGCGCCACGGCACGACGUUGCGACUAUAAGUAAGUCUCGCGCGGCGCGCCGCGGCUUAAUGCCGUUGCCGCGUUCGUGGCGCCAAGAGGAGGGCCCAUUGGCGACGAUAAGCCUCCUUCGUGUCCGGCACGAACGAGAAAAAGAAACAGAGAAAAACGGAGAUAGACACAAGCACAGCAGCCAGCUUUCACCCGCGUUUCAGCCAGUGAAUAUACUUACGUAUAUAUACCCCGGCGGGGUGUGGAUCGCGACAGUAUAGAUAAUACGUAGCUGUCAGUCGUACUCGGACCAGUGUCAGUCUAGCGUUUGUGUCGACGAACAGAGUGUCACCGACUAUCGUUACCGAGACUUCUUAACACCUCCAGGGUUUCAACCCCUGUGUCACCCUACUUAUAAUCCUUCGUUUCAUUUGGCGAUGCGUACGAUCGUUUAAAGAAUCGCGUUCGCGUUUCGAUCUGAAGUCGGUGACUUCGACUCCCUCGGGACUAUUAACUACCUUUGUCAGUGGAAGACAUUCCGAUUACCAAGUGAUUAUUGCCUGUCGUGUUCUGUGAGGCCCGGUGACAAGUGUCAGUGGUGUUAAAAGAAGAGAGCAACGAGCAGCGGAAGGUGGUUGGUACCGAAGGGGUGCGCAUGGUCCGCUGCGGACCGUGGAAAGAUCAGCUCCGUUGACGAGCGAGGGUCUUUCUAUUGGGUCGUUUUGAUGGUGAUUAGCGUGAUCGCGUUUUAACGUCAGAAACAACAUGUCAGGGCUGCUUUACACGCUUCUGGGGUUGGCGGCCAGCACCAGCCUUCAUUGCGCCGUUCGCCGGGAGAUAAGUCCGUGCACCUGCCGACAAGAGGAGUUCUCCACUUCCGUUAUCAACCCGGCGCAGGCUGCUGUCGCAGUAGCAGCCGCUGCGGCUGCGGCGAACACCGCGAACAAUGCCGGACACCAUGGACACGGAGAACGAAUAGAGGUUGUGUGCGAACGAAUGGAUUCUUUCGAGCAAGUGGCAGGCGCGUUAAGGGGUAAAUUUACGGCGGAACAGCAGAUCACCUUGCGGGUCUCGCAUUCCAAUCUCAGAGACAUAUCGCGACACGAUUUUAAAGAGCUGAGGAUGUCCAUCACCAGGCUCGAGCUCAAUCAUGAUCAUCUAGGGUUCGUAGACGGUGAAGUUUUCGCGGGGUUGGGAAGAACGCAAUAUCUCAGCCUCGCGGAUAACGAGGUACCAUCCAUACCGAGGCAUAUUCUGGCGCAUCUGUCCUUACUGAGGACUCUAGAUCUCAGCAGAAAUCGGAUAAGCCGGAUAGACUCGGAUGACUUCAAGUACAAUCCAACGUUACAGCAUCUCUCUAUGGCCGGAAAUGCGAUUUCAGAAAUGGUGCCGGGCUCGUUACCGCCGUUAGUGAAGCACCUUCACGUUGGCCGCAAUCACUUGCAAAGCCUGAAUCGAACACUACGAGAUCUGAAUCAGUUGGAGUGGUUGCUAAUUAACGCCAACGAGCUAACAUCCUUGGACGGUGAACUACCAUCCUCUGGUCACAACUUGAAGAUGCUCUAUGCCGUGGAUAAUAAACUGACUCACCUGCCCGCGGAAUUUCGUUAUUUGCAUCGUUUGGAAAGUUUAUUUCUGCAGCACAACAAGAUACGCAGCCUUGAUGGUACUCUGCAAAAGGCGCGUCGAUUGAAAUUUCUCGAGCUUUCGUAUAACGACCUACAAGAGCUGACAGAGGAAGAUUUCAUAGAGGCGGAGAUGUUAGAAGAUCUCGAGCUUGGACAUAAUUCUCUAAAAUCAUUGGGCGGAGCAGUCGGCGCAAACAGCGACGGGAAUGGAGGCAAUAGUGUCCUUUAUCCUCUCAGGUCUCUGAAAUGUUUAAACCUGACGCACAACGAGCUUCGCGAAUUCUCGUUCGCAUCGCUCCGCGGUUUGCGCGAACUACGAUUGCUCGAUCUUUCGAGUAAUAGGAUCGUGCGACUUCACAGAGGAAGAACACCGUCGGAGAAUUUAGUAGAGGAGGAAGGGGAGGAAACAGCUGGUGGGAAUAUACAGGACAUGCGACUUCAGCAUAACGAACUAAGAAGCCUGGACGGUUCGUUGUUCCUAGGCAUGAAAGAAUUGCAGAGGUUGAAUCUCAGUCACAACGCGCUGGGGCCAACGAUUGGACCCCGCGAUUUGCGAGGUCUUGAUGGUCUCAAAGUCCUCGAUCUCUCUCACAAUGAACUCACCACUCUCGAAGACACGUCAGAGACGUGGUUGCCUUCCUUGGAGGAGCUAAACGCAUCGCACAAUCGUCUGGUGACACUAUCCGAAAGGGACUUCCGUGGUUUUCCGGUCCUUUGCUGGGCGGAUGUCAGUGCAAACCGGAUACGCACCCUCAUGCCUGAACUCGUGGCGAACACUCGCUGUACUGUUCACGGAGUGCCAGACGUACUUCGUAUAUACCUUCAAGAUAAUCCAGUGUUGUGCGAUCCAGGACUGGCGGAUCUGACCGUAGCUCUAGAAGUAAACCACGCAAAGGUAUACGGAGUGGUGAACAAUUGUCCAACAACGAGCACCGUCUCGACGCCUACCGAACAGACGUCGCCUCUUCCUCCGUUACCACCGACGCUGUUGUUGGCCGCCGCGGCGGCUGCAUCCGGCGGAAAUGUUUCUUUCGCCGCGACCCUCGAGUAGUCAUUUGGUAGUCGCGGAGGAUCGUCAGGCGCGAUCGAUUCAUGGGAAAAGAAGAUUCGAAUCGAAGAAACACGAAGAGGAACACGGGGGAAAGAGAGAUGAUUCGAUUCGUGGCCACCAAGUCUGAGAAACGAUGACGCCGAAGACGUCGUUCCGUUGGUCGUUCGAGAAGACCGGAAGUGUACGGACUCGGUCGGUGCGGGAUCUUGGUGUAAUCCUCGCUUCAUGUUCGACACGGGCGUUUUAGUUCGUUUUUAAUCUAAACCGCUUGCGUGAAUUCUUGGAAACAUUCGCGACAGAAAAUCAGACGACAAAAAAAGAACGUUGUAUGAUAAUAGGAUAACGUGCACGCGUACACGUACAUCCACACACAUACUCGCAAACACAUGAUACGCUCAUUAACAUCACUGUACAUCGACGAGAUUUCACGCGCAACUAAUCCGUCAAUCGACAGCUAACCAUUCGCGAUUAGACGUCGGUCUUUAAUCGAUAAUUGUGUAGUAAUAGAUAAUAAGUAAUGCGAGAUUGAUAUUUAUUUAUCGAGCUUCGAGAUCACGUAACGUGAGAGUAUGGUUCUUUCUAUCGCGAGAGGAACGAUACGGCGCGUAAAGAUAGAGUGAUAAAGCGAUUGGAUACUGCGCCCUCCAGGAUGUCGUGCACGAACGUGCAAGUGGUGGACAUUUGUCAAUACUAGUUAUAUAAUUUGAAAAUUUGGAAAGUUGAACAUUUGUAGACUCUAAAUUCCUAUAUUUCUCAAUCUCUACAUUUUUAAAUCUGCCAACUUCCGAAUUCUCAAAGUCAAAUUUUCAAACUUGAAAAUCCAUCCACGGAUCUCCACCACCAUUGCGUUCCGUGCGCGCCAGUAGCCCGUGAGCUCUUCGAGGGGCACUAGAUCUGCUCACCAUUGCGAUAAUGAACUGAAAAAAAAUUCGCGUCCAAAAGAAAACGUUACUCGCGAGCUGAACGAAAGCGAAAAGUGUCCUCUCGCAAGUCGAGAUCCAGGAACAAUUUACUACAGUUUCUGUCUUACAAUAGGUGACAUCGUUACGCUGUAAAUAGUCAUUAAUCCCGCUAAUUUUUAACCCGUCAGACCCGAAAUUUUCCCGAUUGUCUUCCAAUUUUGUAAAUAUUUUGGAAGUUCUAACAACCGAUACGUAAGAAAAUUUUGAUCAAACGGGUCAGAGGGGUUGAACGCCAUGCGCCCUGUUCACGUUUACGUCCCUUUCUUUAUCUUUAUUUUAGUUUGUCCUUUCGCAUGUAUCAUUCGGGACUUCCGCCUAACUUCUUCUGUUAAUAUCGGACAACGAUACUCUAUGUGGUAAGAGUGAUCGGGGUAUUCGAAAUCGAUUAACAUUAUUCGCCUUUAAUCUAACUCGAAGUGAACGUUAAUCAUUCGUGCUUCAAAGUAUUAUUUGUAACGCUUAGGCGGUGUAUUGUGUAUCGUCGUUCGUUGAAUUUUCGCCAUUAGAUUGUUCGUUAACAGUAUCUAAUGAUAUCACCAAAAUCUAGCGUACAAGUAUGAUCAUGUACAGUUAAGAUGAUACGUAUAAAUCCUGUUCAAAUACAUGCUAUGUUAUUCGAGUUUUAUUUUUACAUCCAAAAAGAAAACCGAAUGUGGAAAUUGACCAUUAAUUGUAUCGAAACCAAUCGAUUACGGUAACAUGUAUACGGCUAGCAUUUUAUAAUACCAUCGACAUUUCGAUCUUUAAUUAAAUUCUUGAAUGAUCUAGUAAAUGAACAAUCGGUCGGGUCAAUAGUGUAAGUGAAAUCUGUUAACUUACAUUGUGUACGCGAUAUGAGCUGAUUGGCAGUGGGCGAUCAAUUGACCCUCUCGUUAACUUGUGCCAAUAGGGAUGAAUUGUUAUCAACGUGCUUCUACGCAUACAUAAUCAAUUGGCCCUUUUCGUGUACGAGUAGGUUCGCGAAUAUUUCGUACGUAGCUACAUCGCUUCACUACAUCAUACAUGUAUUGUAUGAUGAUGUGCGUCAACAAUUAUUUCAAGAUUUCACUGGCCGAUUUCGUUUGAGAUUUUUUCUUUGUAUAAAGUAAUGAUGGCUGAAUCAAAUGUACAUCGAAGUGUUAGAAAACCAUGAAGAUUACAAAGUUCCACAUUUUUAAAUUUGAAAAAGUUUAAACUCCUAUAUUCAUAAAUUCUUCUCUACACUUUCAUCUUUAUAUAUUUUUAGGUUUUUAAAUUUUGAACCCCUCAAAUUUCUAAAUUUAAAAAUCUGGAAACUUGAAACAGCAUUCGAUAUCGCUGACUGAGUCUCACAUCUUAUUGCAUGCAUAGUACAACGUUAAUGCCCGUAAGUUCUUCGACUAGAUCUGCCCAUUACUAGUAUGUAAUAAAGUGAUGAUAUCAUGUGAAUCAUAUGCAAAACUAAUUUGACCCCUGACAAGGACCGAAUAUGUCAACUAGUUAAUAUCCAAAUUAAUGUAACACGAACACUGAUGAACUCGCUAUGCCGUAUAAAAGAAUCCAGUGAAAAAGUUUUAUCACGUUAGAGUGAUAAUCACAAUAAUUUUGAUACAAUUCGCCGAAUCGAUACGUAAUUGUAUUUUUAAAUAAACGAUUAACGAGAAGUUA